CGCACCCAAGGCGGCCCUCCCCAGCCUUGUCAUCCAUCUCCUCUGACCUGAGGCGGGGGUUCGCCCCGCCCCGGCCCCGCCCCGGCCCUGGCCGCCGGGUCCGGGAGCCGGGAGCGCCGAGGCUGCCGGAGCAGGUUAGGAGGCCCCGCGUCUCCAUCCCGGCCGGGCCCCGCGCGCGUCUCCGUCCCGGCCGGGCCCCGCGAUUGCAUCCCGGCCGGCCGAACCCCGCGUCUCCAGCCCGUCCGGCCCGGACGCGCAGCAUCCCGAGUCCAUCCCUGCCCGGGUGCAUCAAGCCAGGGAGAUGGCGGAGAAGACGCUGGAGACGGCGGGCUGUGGCCUAGGACCCGGGGCUGUGGCCAUGUCCGUGGCACUGGAGGACGGGGCGGAGCCCACGCUGCUGACCACACACCUGAAGAAGGUGGAGAACCACAUCACCGAAGCGCAGCGCUUCUCGCACCUGCCCAAGCGCUCCGCGGUGGACAUCGAGUUCGUGGAACUGUCCUACUCCGUCCGGGAGGGGUCCUGCUGGCGCAAACGGGGUUAUAAGACUCUGCUCAAAUGCCUGUCGGGGAAGUUCUGCCGCCGGGAGCUGAUUGGCAUCAUGGGCCCGUCAGGGGCUGGCAAGUCCACAUUCAUGAACAUCUUGGCAGGAUACAGGGAAUCUGGAAUGAAGGGGCAGGUCCUGGUAAAUGGGCGGCCGCGGGACCUGCGAACCUUCAGGAAGAUGUCGUGCUACAUCAUGCAAGACGACAUGUUGCUGCCGCAUCUCACAGUGCUGGAAGCCAUGAUGGUCUCUGCUAACCUGAAGCUGAGUGAGAAGCAAGAAGUGAAGAAGGAGCUGGUGACGGAGAUCCUGACAGCGUUAGGCCUGAUGUCCUGCUCAAACACGAGGACGGCCUUGCUCUCCAAUGGCCAGAGGAAGCGUCUGGCCAUCGCCCUGGAGCUGGUCAACAACCCUCCGGUCAUGUUCUUCGACGAACCUACCAGUGGUCUGGAUAGCUCCUCCUGCUUCCAAGUGGUGUCCCUUAUGAAGUCUCUGGCACAUGGUGGCCGCACAAUCAUUUGCACCAUCCACCAGCCCAGCGCUAAGCUCUUCGAGAUGUUUGACAAGCUCUACAUCCUAAGCCAGGGACAGUGCAUCUUCAAGGGUGUGGUCACCGAUCUGAUCCCCUACCUGAAGGGACUGGGCCUACACUGCCCCACGUACCACAACCCCGCGGACUUCAUCAUUGAGGUGGCUUCGGGCGAGUAUGGAGACCUGAACCCCGUGCUGUUCCGGGCUGUGCAGAAUGGGCUAUGUACCAUGGCAGAGAAGAAGGGCAGCCCUGAGAAGACCGCGGUGCCCGGCCCCAGCCCCAGCCCCCCGGGCCCACCGGAAGUGGACACGAUUGAGAGACACAGCUUUGCCACCAGCACCCUCACACAGUUCUGCAUCCUCUUCAAGAGGACUUUUCUGUGCAUCCUCAGGGACACGGUCCUGACCCACCUGCGGUUCAUGUCCCACGUGCUGAUCGGCGUGCUCAUUGGGCUUCUCUACCUGCACAUUGGCGAUGACGCCAGCAAGGUCUUCAACAACACUGGCUGCCUCUUCUUCUCCAUGCUCUUCCUCAUGUUCGCCGCUCUGAUGCCCACUGUGCUCACCUUCCCCCUAGAGAUGGCGGUCUUCAUGAGGGAACACCUCAACUACUGGUACAGCCUCAAAGCCUACUACUUGGCCAAGACCAUGGCUGAUGUGCCCUUUCAGGUCGUGUGUCCUGUGGUGUACUGCAGCAUCGUGUACUGGAUGACGGGCCAGCCUGCGGAGACCAGCCGCUUCCUGCUCUUCUCCGCCCUAGCCACCGCCACGGCCUUGGUGGCCCAGUCUCUGGGGCUGCUGAUUGGAGCUGCCUCUAACUCCCUCCAGGUGGCUACCUUUGUGGGCCCUGUGACCGCCAUCCCUGUCCUGUUGUUCUCGGGCUUCUUUGUGAGCUUCAAGACCAUCCCCACAUACCUGCAAUGGAGCUCCUACCUCUCCUAUGUCAGGUAUGGCUUCGAGGGAGUGAUCUUGACUAUCUAUGGCAUGGGCCGCGGGAAUCUGACAUGCCCAGAGAAGCACUGUCCCUUCCGGAAGCCACAAAGCAUCCUCCAAGAGCUGGACGUGGAAGACGCCAAACUCUACAUGGACUUCCUGGUCUUGGGUAUCUUCUUCCUGGCCCUGCGGCUGCUGGCGUACUUUGUGCUACGUUACCGGGUCAAGUCGGAGAAAUAGAGUCUGCCACCUCCCCAAUUGCUCCCCACAGGAGCCUCCCAGCCAAGGAGACACCCCACAGCUCCAGCCCUUUGGGAUUGUUUUAACCUGGUCAACUCCGGGCCCUGGUGGCUGGGGCGGACACCUUCCCUCUCUGGUUCCUCCCUCCACAGGCUGCCAGCUGGACUGGGCGCCCACCCAGCCUCGGUACUGGCCCCGAGCUCCAGCCAGCCCGUCAUGCCAGGUCUCUCUCUGCAGUUUGUAGCAUCCUGCCUCCUCUGUCUUACACAUGCAUGCGAACCCCGCUGGGAGGAUGCCCACCCCUCAACUUCCCAUCCUUAGCACCUUCCUUUCUCAUCCACCUGACUCUUCAGGCCCUGUCCCCCCAAACUGACCAAAGUGGCUCCCUGUGGGGCCCCCACCACACAAGUGUUUGUAAGGUUGGGGCUCCAGGGCUGGCCCUUGUAGGGGCCCCUGGCAGGCUCAUCUGGAAGUUGGAAUGGAGCAGAGCAGGGCUCUGGAAGCCACUUUCUGUUCCGCCUCCUCCGCACCCCCAGACCCUGGCUGGUUUGGACAGUCCACAGGCACAGAAGCUGGUUUUCUUUCUUUCGUUUGUUUGUUUUAUCUGUUUGUUUUUGUUUGGGGGGCUACACCCGGCAGUGCUCAGGGUUUUCUCCUGGCUCUGCACUCAGGAAUCACUCCUGGCAGGCUCAGGGGACCAUAUGGGAUGCUGGGGAUCAAACUUCAAGGAUUGAACUCAAGCGGGUUGGCUGCAUGGAAAGCAAGUGCUCUACCCACUGUGCUAUUGCUACACCUCAGAAGCUGGGUUUUCUGUUGGGAACAUCUCUCCCCAAUCCUGGGGAUUGGGGAGACCUGAGCAAUGGGCUGCCCCUGUUCUCUAACACCCCCACCCCCCACUGCCCUAUGGUGGGGGUGGAUUCGGGUAGCUCUGCAAUAACUUGACUUGCUCCCACCUCGGCUGGCUGUAACAGGGAGACUGCACUUUAUUCAGGACCAGAUGUGGAAGCAGACUACACCCCCUUCUCACUGUUCCUCCUCUCCCCAUUCUGUGACACACUUAUCCACCCUCACUGUCCACCCUCCUGAGUGACAGGCAACCUCAGCCCUGCCUGCCUCAGCUGCCCCCUCCAACUCCAAUAGGUGAUGGUGGCAUGAGGGGGGACUGCAGGGAGGCCAGUGCCAACCUCUUCCUAGGGAUCCCCCUGACUCGAUAAAGGCUGGUGCUGCCCAGAAUCUACAGGAUCUGCAGGUGUCUACCCCCAACCUCCCUUCCCUCCCAAGCCAGGGGUGGCCCAGGCCCCCAGCUCCCCGGAGGUCAGGAACCGAACAAGCACACGCAUGGGCAGAUGCUGAGCUGGGCCACUGCCACCCCAUGACCCCGUGUCUUCAGCUGGCACCCAACACCAAACACCCCGCCAGCUUUCUCAGACAUAUGCUGCUCACGAAGAACCUCUCACUCCCAUCGGGUCUCUAUACCCCCUUCCCAUCAUCCAAGGCGUGGGGGGGGGGCACCAGGGCACAGAGCAGCGUGCCAGGGGCAUCGAGAGCCCAUCUGUCUUGGUGGGUUCAGACCCCUUUCCACUUCCCCUUUUUCCUGACCACCACCCCUCUCCCUAUGCCAGAGUCUUCACCUCACCCAGAGAGGCCAGUUGUAUUUGUGGGAUUUCGCCCAUUAUUAAUAAAACCUAUAUUUAUACAGUA